UCGUGAUGCAAACGCACGGAAACUUAGCAGCUAGUUCUUUAUGGCAACCGUCCGAACUCGCUAGACGAAUGUUGGGAGAGAGGCCUUCUCCUGUUCCACCAACAAGGGAAUUAUGGCCUCCACCAGAACCAAUUUUAAGCAUAAGCACGCUACAACUGGCUUAUCAGCAAAAUGAAGACAUAUCACCGCGACACGCAUUAACUCUUUCUUCUCAACCCUACGGUCCUACUACCGUGCCUAUUGAAUGCAAUGCGAGUCCGCGCCUUUGUACUGUGGGCACGAACACGGAUCCUCCUCCCACAGUUUUGAGUCGCAUAAGAGAUUUCCUCCGAAGAGAUAACGAUUUGAUUUCAUUGCCAUCGUCAAUACAACUUUCUGUAAUGAAAAUGGAAACACAAAUGGAACAAAAUAAAGAAAAUCCAAGUCAUCGUACCGUUAAUGGCAUUAAGAAAGCAAUAUCCGGGGCUAAAUAUCGCGUAACUCCAAACUCUGAGGGCAUUGCAAGUCCCAAAAUUGUAUAUAAUACUUCAAAGCCAGGCGAUCGAAUGGUUACAACAUUUGGUGCGAAUAAUUCUCGAAAAUGGUUUAGACUACCAUCGAGAUCAGAGUGUUCUCGUCGUUUUCGUACAUUUAAAACAUUUUGUUGUCAACGAUCUCAGGAUUCAUCACAUCAUCAGUGUCAACGUCCGCCUUUACAAAUAACUCAGGUGAUAGCGUUAAUAUGCGGCCUUCUUGUGGUGAUACUCAUGGUGUUAGGCCUGGCGUCAGCCGAUUGGUUAAUGGCGGCUGGCUGGAGACAAGGCCUGUUCAUGCACUGUAUAGAUCCAGAGGCUCCCACACCACUUCCCUUCGACAUUACAGCACAGCCUGGUUGCUACGCUGCGAGACCCGCGCCAUACAUCAAGGCUGCGGCGGGGCUGUGUGUGGCGACGCUAGCGGCGGACGUGUGCGGCGCGCUGCUCACGGGGCUCGGCCUGCGCUCGGCCGACCACCGCACUAAGUUCCGCUACUACCGGUUCGCGGUGCUCGCCAUGUCACUUGCGCUGAUGUGCAUCUUAAUAGCGCUUGUCAUAUACCCAGUAUGCUUCGCCGCAGAAUUGAAUCUGGGUAACAGGUCGGUGUGGGAGUUCGGAUGGGCGUAUGGCGUAGGCUGGGGCGCCGCCAUCUUCCUGUUCGGAGCCGUCGUGCUGCUGCUGUGCGACAAGGAGAGCGAAGAGCUCUACUACAAGGAACGGAAAGUGGUGAGCGGGGAGGGCGGCGGACGCCCCUAGGGCCGCGGGCGCCUGCCCGACCUCGUGCCGUGAGCGCGCUAGCGAACACACGCACCACACCUCACUCCGCACCACACUCCGCCCGCAAACCACACACUUUGAACACUCAUCGACGAUUGUACGACGAUCAAUUACUAAGUUAAUCGUUCCGUUUCGAAUCAUUCGUUUGGGGCUGCGUGUUCCCGUUUAAAAGAUUAUUCUUAUAUUUUACUGUAACUUAAACUCACCGUCUAAGCGACGUUAUUGGAAAUUUGGCAUAUCAUUUAAACUUUUAUUAAAAUUUACUCGACUAUUUACUAUUAUUGUUUAUACAAAAAGUACAAUUGAAUUGCGGUGUGGUUCGAAAUGAAAGUGCAAUUUUGGUGGAAUGGAAACUUAUAUCGUCGAUUUUAGCUUAUAAGCUUGUCCAGACUGUAUUGAGUGUGGCUUUCUGUGUGGCUGUCGGGGUGCAAGCUGAAAACGCAAAGGUAGACCUGGACAUUUACAAGGUCUGCUAUGAUUCCAAUCGGAUAGUGUUCGACUCGAAUAUUUGUUUUCUAUUGAGCUGAUUUGUGUUAUUUAAUACGUUGACGUAUAAUGGCCAUAGUUUAAUUUACAAAAGUAAUAUAGAUGAUGUGCCUCAAAAAUUUGCUUAGUUCAAUUUCAGUUGAAUUACAUUAAAUUAAUUAAUUUUAUUUAUGCUAACCAUAAAUAAAAAUAUCACGGGUAGUUUUGAAUUUGAACAAAAAUAAUCGGAAUCUCAACACAAUUUUAGUGGCGUCGAUUUUAAGUAAACGAUAUGUAUAUGAGCGAGUGUCGCCUGUCGGCCAUAUUUUGUUAACUUUUUAGUUUUAAGAUUAAAAUAAUUAGGGCGUCGUCGUUUCGUUUAGAGCUGGCUCGCGAGCGCUCCUGCGACGGGCGGAACGCAUUCAAAGUCAUUCCGUACUCGCGUACCUCGAAUGUAAACCGUUCCAAAGAGCGUCGCUUUUAUUUAUUCGCUUUAAGUUAUUCGUCGUAGUGUGUACAUGUAGUGGAGUAGUGAUCGGUCGAUACGCAUUAUCCGUGAGGCGGGCGUGGCGUGUGGUGUGGCGGUAGUGGCGGCGGACGAGGCGCGCGAGGCGCUCGGGCAGGCGUUGGACCUGCGAGUAGUGUUACUGCACAAUUAGUGUUACGUGUGAAUGGACUCCGCUGAUGAGUUAUUACGGGCUAUGACUACUGAGAUAUUUAAAGGAAUUAAUCGUACUCUUAAGAAGUUACCCUCUACCGCGGCGCACUGAACCGUGUGACCUAUAUUUUUGUCGUAUUUUAAUAGAGUAGGUAUGCGUGUGUACCGAUCUAUCGGUGAUUAUUUUUAAUAAUGACCAGUUCCGUUUGUUUUUUAUUCGGAUGAUGACUGUUUUGGAAUUGAAAUUAAUUUCAUGAUAAUCUCUAUAUUUUCUUAACACUUAUUAAUGUAAUGAUUUGUAAGAAGAAGACCUGUAAUUACUCGAAAAUGAUUAGUGAAUAGUAAUAUUAUAUAAAAUAAUAUAAUUAUUAAGAAAUGAAUUUCAUUAAAUAGUUGUGUUUUUAGUGACGUCUAGUGAAGAACUGAGUAUAUUAAGCGAUAGUGGAGGUAAUAUCCAUUUCUGCUUUGUAUGUGUAUUCUUGGUUAUGGCUUUAAUUCAACAAAUUUACUGAUUUCGUUAAUUUAUUAUUUUUUACUAUUGUUAAUGUAUUUUUGUCUUUUAAUAUUGAAUACGUAAGUUAAGCAAAUAAGUGUCGCAUAACAUUGUUAGAUUGUCUUGUCAUUCCAUUUCGAUUUAAAUACAUUAUAGAAUCCUUGUCUCUAUUAUUCAUACAGGUCACCAUCAUUAUUUUUAUCUAACGAUCUUACUUAUAAACGUAAAAUAUAAAAGCGGUUGUUUAGUUAAACAAUGCUGUGUCUUCUUCCCUCGAAUGUAAUGUCAAUCGUGAUAGAAAGAGAGAAAUCAGUAUUACUAAACAUACGUCGAGAAACGUUUGUAAAUGAGGCCGUUAGUUCUCAAUAAUGUGCAUUUAAGUACUCAAACUACAUUUGUAUUAAAGUAUUUUUAGACGUCAUUUGGCUUUAACGAAAAUACUUAAACGCCUAACUCUUUAAACACAAAUCGUCGUAAAAUGGAUAUAGAUCUAAUUAUUAUUUUUUUAGAAUAUAAGUAGUACCAUAAAAUUUAUCAAAUUCUGUAUCUUUUUUUCAGCUCUCCCGAUCCUAUGUAAAAGUUUCUCCUGAAUAAUAAGUAUUAUGUUGUAUGUACGUUUUACUUGGUGUAUGCAAUACGAAGUUGUAAAAUUAUGAACACGAUUGUGUUUAUAUUAAUGACUGUAUAAUUGUUAUCUCAAAUAGAACACACACUGCCAAUGUUACAACUAGUAUAUUUUGUGUUGGACAGCUUUAUCAUAAUGUAUUAAAUUAUAGUAAAUAUAAGUGUAAAUUUUAUAUUAUUUGAAAGUACUUUCUGUCAUUGGCGUGGCCGGUAUUUGUCUGGCGAGUGGAAGCCUCAUUUAGCUGGCCUAAAGGAACUCAUAAUUGUAAGAAAAGAUUCAUACUUGUAAUACAAAAAAGUACGAAGUUUAAUGGAGAUGUCUUUUUAAAUUUUUUUUUUCCAUCGACCGAGCGAUAUUUUUAACACGUUAUAAUUGUUGUGUUUAUAUUUUAAUUGUGCCAAAUUCAAUGAAUUAAGAAUUAUCUCUUCUCUUAUUCAUAGCUGUUGGUCUUUUAACGGUUCCACCUUUCUUUGACCAAGACACGUAGUAUCUCACUAGUACUUAGAAUAAAGUAAUUAAUGAAUCGUAUUAAUUUAUGGUUUAACAUUAUUUUGGUAUGGUCGUGUCGACCAAGGCUUCCCCUCGCUACGUCUUUGGCUUUCGUAUUUAUUUAGUGAAGUUAAGAUGGUUAGAAAGUGUUUCUACGUGCCCAUUAACUUCUGGCAUGUGACAAUUUGUAUAUUUUGUCAUUUUUUUUUUGUUACUUUUACUCUAUAGACAUUAGUUUUGUAUUUAUAGUAUUUCGAAAUGUCUGGAAAAUUCUUGCAAUUGUCCAACUGUUAUAGAUGAAAAAUUGUAUUUCCUUUUCAAAGUUAAAAACCAUAUCAAUGAGAUUAUUAAAUAAAGUACCUACAUAGUA